AUGGGAGAGAACUAAAUAGUAGGAGCAAUUAAAAUAAAAGAUGGAUUGUUUAUAGGUGAUGAAUAUGCAUCUUAGGUUUGGUAUUUGAUUUAAUAAAGGAUCGUGAAUUCAUUAUGACAAAUAAAGUUACUCAUAUAAUAAAUUGUGCUGGAACAGAAGUUCAAAAUAAAUGGACAUUAAUGGGUGCAAAAUAUUUAACUUUUAAUUGGUUAGAGUAAGAUAAUGAAGUAUUGAUUAAAAAUGAUAUAUCUAGGUUUUAUUUGAUGAAAGAAAUGAAAAUGUUAAUAAAAUAUUUACAUUCAUAGAAGAAUGUUUUUAGUAAGGAGAGAGUUGCUUAGUCCAUUCAGUUAGAGGGUAGAGUAGAGCUUGUUGUGUACUUGCAGCAUAUUUUAUGAAAAAGUUCGUUAAAAUAUUUAAAUUUAAUAGAUAUUCAUGGACACUGUAUAAAACUCUUGAAUAUUUAAAUUCAAGAAGACCAGACCUUGAAAUUAGAGCAUCUUUCUUUUAUUAAUUAAAUGCAUUAGAAAAUAGAAUGACUAUGUAAGGUCCUAAAAGAACAGCUUCUUGGAAUGAAUUAACCUCUGAUGAAUAGAAUCCUACUUAAAUGCAAGAGGAAUUAAUCAUUAGAAAUACAUUUUUAAAUUCACAUAAUGGACCUGUAGAUGAAAUCUAUACAAAUUUAUAAGCUAAAUAAGUAAGAAUUCAAUUCACUAUUUUAAGGGAGUAUUAUUAAAAGUUACAAAUUAAAAGUUAAAAUGGAAAGAUUAAAUCAAUAAAGAAAAUAUUUCAUUAGCAACUAUUGUUUAUUCUGGCUCUCCUGAUUUUGUUCCAGUUUCUGAAAUCAAUUUAAAAGCUGAUCCAAUAACACCACCUAUUUUAAAAGUAAACUUUCAUUUUUAAUUAGGGAGCAUAAAAGAAUUAAUCUCUCAAUUAACCUCCUAAAUAACCCUAGAUUUAAUCCAAUUUCCCUAAGACUUCUUAAAAUCCACCAUAAGUUAGAUCUGCUAGUAGUAAGUCUUAAUAAUAAGAUUAAAGUGAUCUUUAAUUAAAUUCAAACAUUACAUCAGCAAAUCUAACUAAUAAUCCUUCAUUUUAAAAUCUUUUAAUGUAUUGUGCUAUGAAAACAAAAACACCUUAAUAAUAAUAAGAUUAACAGCCUAUUAAAAAAAAUAAUUUAGUUAAACCUUAAAUUGAAAAUCAAAACACUUUACCUAUUUCUUAAAUUGCAACAAACUUAGUCUAAUUCUAAGCAUAAGCUAAUCCAUCUUCCGGAAUUAGAAGUAAUUCAUUAUAAUAGAAUGAAGAAAAAAAAAAUUAAAUUAAUACUAAUACUAAUAACAACAAUAGACCAAAUUCAGUUAAAUAAAAAGACAAUUAACCUUCUAUUUUAACCAAUUUCUAAGAAUUUAAAAAUUAAGUUUAAUAAUCCUUAAAUUAUUUCAAUAAAUAAUAAGAUACUAUUUUAAAUAUGGAUAAAUAAUCAUAAUAAUCUUUAAAUACUCAAUUAACAACAUAAUCAAAUACAACUUAGUAAUAAUAAUAAUUAUUAUCUGUUUAAUAAAAUAAUGUUCAAUAAAAAAGUAAAUUAGAGUAAUUAAUUAGUCCAUCAUUAAUUUAAUAGAUGAAUUCUACAAAACAUUCUGAAAUAUAAAAAACACUUACAUAAUCAAUAUCUUAAUUACAAUCUAGUUAUCAAAAGUUUUAAUAAUUACAAUAAAAAAAUUAAAUUAAAUAAUCAUAAUCCCAAUCAUGUAUUUAAAAAUAAAAUGCUUAAAUAAAUGAAGUUUAAGUUGUUGCUAAUCCUUCUGGAAUAAAUUUAGUUAAAGUAUAAGAAAGAAGUACUUCCUUAACCAAAAAUUAAGAUAAUAUAGAUCUAAAAAAUAGACCUAAUAGUGCUGAAGUAAAAGAUGCCUUCAGUGGAGUUAAUUAAACAAAAAAAGAUAGUUUGUCUCCAUUUUAAAAAGAUACUGUCAAAAAAGUAACUUAAUAAGGACCACCUUUGCCUUAAUCUAGCUCUUAAAUUUAUUUAAGAAAUGUUUAAUGUAGGAGACAGGCAGCAUCAACAUUAAGAAAUCAAUAGAAACCUAAUAAUUCGUUUUAAGAUAAAUACUUAAAUCAAAGUGCUAAUUAGGUUCAAAAUAAUAGUAGUUUUAAUAAUAACAGUAAUUCGGCUAUUGAUGCUGAUUAAAAGUAAUCAACUAAAGGAGUAGUUACAGAUUUAAAUCAAUUUAAAAAACUUAUAUCUCCUUAAAACUUAACUAAAAGUUAAGCUUAAUUUAUUAAAAAUUAACCUAUAAGAGUUCUAUAAGAAUUAACUGAAAAGACUUAGUCUUAAAAAUAAGUGUAUGUUUAUAAUUUAAUUAUUAGAAAAACUAAAGAUAAUGUUUCAUCAACUAGUUUUACUUUGGUCUCAAAACCAUCUACAGUAAACACAAGAACUUUUUCUCCUGCAAUAAAAAGUAUUAUUAAUUUCAGUAAUUUUUUAGAUGAAACUAAAAAUAAACCUAAUAACACUAAUAAUGUAAGAUAAAAAGUUAGGAAUUCGUCUCCAGGAAUAUCCAAAGAUUAAGAUUCCUCUAAUUCAUUAUAAAAUAUUUCAUCAACCUUUUAAGGCAAAAAUAGUUGGAAAAUGCUAUGA